AUGUUUAAAGUAAUUAUAUUUGCUAUUGUAUGUUUGGCCAUUGUUAAUGGUAAUAUACAAGAUGAUAUCAAAGAUCAUUUAUCAGAUGCAUUACAUGAAGGAGAAAAAGUUAAAGAAAAAGUAGUUAAUGUUGUUCGAGAAGGUGCUGCUCAUGCUAAAGUUGCUGCUGAUUCAGCUGCUGAUACCAUCAGUGAAAACGUAGAUGUAUUAAAAGAUAAAGCUGCUGAAACACUUAAAGCUGGUCAACAUGCAGCUGAAAAUGUUCGAGAAGCUGCUGGUAAAAAAGUUGAUGAAGCUGUGAAAGCUGGUCAUCAUGCAGCUGAACAUGCUAAAGAAGCUGCUGGCAAAAAACUUGAUGAAGCUAUGAAAACUGGUGAAGAACUUAAAAAGAAAGCUAGUGGUAGUGUUGAAGAUUUACGAGAAGCAGCCGGUGAAACUGCUAAAGCAGCUAAAAAGGCAGCUGAAAAUGUAGCUGAACAAGCUGGAAAACAAGGUGAAAAACUCAAACGUCAAGCAAGUGACACUAGUGACAAAAUUAAAUCAGCUGCUAAGAAUGCUAAAAAACAAGUUGAUAAACAAAGUGAAGGUCUUGGUGACAAACUUUUCAGCAUUCUUAAUGAUGUUAAAAAUUCAAUUUUUGAAACACUUGGAUUAGCAUCAAAAGCUGCUGCUGAUGUUACUGAUCAAGCAAAAUCAAAAUUUGAUGAAGUUUCGGGUAAAGCUAAAAAACAAGCUGAAAAAGCUAAGAAGAAAGUCAAAGAAACAGUUGAUCUUUAA